UACACAGUGGUUGGUUGCUUUACACUUUCUUUGUCUUUGUUGGUGAAAAAGACCGGAACUUUCCGCAUGGUCUCAGAGGAUGAACAGACCUUGCGCUCCAAGCUUGAGCAUCUGACUGUGAAGGAUCAUGGGCCGGUGUUCGGGUCAUGUCAGCAACUCCCUGAUCACACAGUACAGAAGGCAAAGGAUGAGCUGAAAGAGACCGUGGAGAAAAGAGUGUCUGCAGUAAAGGAACUGAGAUCCCUGAUUUGUGAGAAGCCAGAGAAUAUGGAUGACUUGUCGGUGGCUGUGAAGGAGAAAUUCGGGAACAAACCAGAUUCUCUGCUCCUGAGGUUUAUUCGUGCGCGCAAGUUUGACGUGACCAGGGCAUAUGAGCUCAUGAAGGGUUAUGUGCGUUUCCGACGUGACUACCCCGAGCUGUUUGAGGAUUUGACCCCUGAAGCAGUGCGCAGUACCAUCGAGGCUGGCUAUCCACAAAUACUUGGCACACGUGACAAGUAUGGACGUGUGGUGCUCCUUUUCAACAUAGAAAACUGGGAUUUGGAAGAGGUCACCUUCGAUGAAACUCUGCGGGCUUACUGUGUCAUCCUGGAGAAACUUCUGGAAAAUGAGGAGACUCAGAUCAAUGGCUUUGUACUCAUUGAAAACUUUAAGGGUUUUACUAUGCAGCAUGCAGCUGGCAUCAAACACAAUGAGCUGAAAAAGAUGGUGGACAUGCUGCAGGACUCGUUUCCUGCACGCUUCAAGGCUGUACAUGUGAUUCACCAGCCGUGGUACUUCACAACCACUUACAAUGUGGCCAAAUCCUUCAUGAAGAGCAAACUGCUAGAGAGGGUGUUUGUUCAUGGAGAUGAUCUGGACGCUUACUUCAGAGACUUUAGUGUCGAGAUCCUCCCUCCAGACUUCAAUGGGACAGGACUGAGAUGUGAUGGCAGAGAGACAGCAAACAAGCUGUUUGGCUCAGAAGACACAGCUCUUUAAAUGAUGGGAGUCAGUAACACGCUAGUCUGGCCAACAUAUAUGGAGUACAUUGAUGUACAUCCUCUAGGCAAUAUGAAAAGGGGGGGGGUGUGUGUGUUAAAAUAUGGAUAAACAUGAAGAAAUGUACCAUGGGAGAAAAUAUAAACAGUAUACUGAACAACUGGAGCAUAAUUUUUUCUUAAAGGAGACGAGGUAAUAGAGGUCAUGAGGGUUACGUACUAUUACUGUAGCAUUAACCCAGCUAAACUUUAAGACAUAGUAUGUAUAUAAUCAAACAUUCACACACUCCACAAUGAAGUGUUUUAAGUGUCUAAUGUGUCUAAUGUGCUGAUUGAAUGACUUAUCGUGGUACAGAUUUUGUUCUUCAUGAUUGGUUUUAUGAUCUAGAUAAUAAUUAGCAUUGUUUAUAAUAAAAUAUGACUAAUGGAAACAACCAUUUUAAACACACAUGCGGUCGGUCAAGGUGGCAACACACAUAAAUUAACACUUGCAUUCAGAUCACUGGCUUUGUACUCAAUGAAAACUAAGUGGUUUACCAUGCUGCAGAAUUAAACACUGGCUGUUCAUGUUGAUGUGACCUUCAAAAGAAGAGAAUAAGAAUAUAAAGGGGUUGGACAGAAUAAUGAGGACACAUGAAAUAUGCAAUAUCUCUUUAUUAAUAAGGUGUUGGACCACCAUCUACAUUUAAUACAGCUUACAACCUUCUUGGCAUAGAUUCAUACAACUUCUCAGUAUCUUCUAGUGAAGUUUUGUACUAUUUAUCUAGCAGAAUAUCUUCUAAUUGCUUACGAGCGGUUUGUGUAGGGAACCUGCUUGUCACUUUUCUUUCAAAAAUUUCCCAAAGCGUUUAGAUGAUAUUCAAGUCAGGUGACUGAACUGGACAGGGUUGAUGUUGAAUUCAUCCUGGUGCUCUGCAAACCAAAUCAUCUUGAAAAAUUACAUUAUUGUCUAGAACCAACAUUUGAAUCAUAUUAUGAACACUUUUAAAUACUUGCUGGCAGAAACACGACCAUGUAGACUAAUGAUUGGGCCAGAUGAAUACCAGUAUAUGGCUGCCCAAUGGAACCAUACAGCCCUAGUUGCACACUAGGGCAGUCUUGGCCUAAUGGUUUGAGUCUGACUUGUAACCCGAAGGUUGGGGGUUCGAGUCUCGGUCUGGCCAGGACUGAGGUGCCCUUGAGCAAGGCACUGAACCCCCCCAACUGCUCCAUGGGCGCC